CUCUGUGUUAAAGUUUCUGUAACUGUCUGAUUCUGUGCAAAUAACACAAUCGUUUUGAAGCGAUAUAUUGUAAAAAGUAUUAAUUUAAUUCACACAUAAUAGUUUUACAAUUUUUAUUUGUUUCAUUCCUCUAGUAUUAAAUGUUCUUAUAAUUCGAAAAACCUAUAUAAAAUAAUGAAUCCGUGUUCUAUUCCUGCACCACAGCAAGACUCUGAGGGUGACGGCCGAUGGAAUAGCAUUCAUAAUAGGUUCCUAUCGGAUGCCAAAGGAAAAGAUGCAGAUGUAAUAUUUAUUGGAGAUUCCAUAUUACAAGCCUUAGAGCAUACAGAAGUCUGGAAUCAGUGGUUUGCUCCACUUCACUGCCUUAAUUUUAGUAUUCACAAGGAUCAAACUCAAAAUAUUCUAUGGCGUAUAAAAAAUGGAGAACUCGAUCAUGUAGAUCCCAAAGUCAUAGUGGUGCAUGCAGGAACGAACAAUGUUGACUUUACAGCAGAGCAAGUGUGUGAAGGUAUCUUAGAAAUAAUAACAACUAUAAGGGAGAAACACCCAAGUGCUUAUAUAGUAUUACCUAGUCUUCUUCCCAGAGGGCAGUAUCCAAAUGCUUUAAGGGAAAAAAAUUCAAAAAUUAAUCACUUACUACGUGAGAAAGUUUUAAAUAUGAAUAAAGUUGAUAUGGUAUCAAUAGACAAAGGUUUCAUACAAACUGAUGGUACAAUUAGUCAUCAUGACAUGCAUGACUACCUAACACCAACUAAUGCAGCAUGCCGCAAGGCAUUUGAACCAAUAUAUGAUCUCCUCCAGCAAUUAUUGUCCGAAGGUGAACCCGAAAAAGAUUUAACACCCUCUGAAUAAUUUAUAAACCAUGUAUUCACUAUGGUAGCUUUUUAUUAUUGCAGCAAACUGAUUGUGAUUAUACAGUACUUACAGAUAGCUUUUUUAUCAUAGUUUUAAGUAUGCAUUUAGAAUAUAUUUUAUCUUAUGAACUAUACAUUCCAAAUUAGACUUCUUUUUUAAAUUGGCUGUGUUUAUAC